GGAAGGAUGGAGGGCACCAACACCCCUGUCACUAAAUCUGCAGCUGCCAAGAUAGUUAAGAGAAAUUUCCUUGAGGCUCUAAAGUCAAAUGACUUCGGAAAAUUGAAGGCCAUUUUAAUCCAAAGGCAAAUAGAUGUGGACACAGUUUUUGAAGUUGAAGAUGAGAAUAUGGUUUUGGCAUCUUAUAAACAAGGUUAUUGGCUGCCUAGUUAUAAAUUAAAGUCUUCCUGGGCAACAGGCCUGCAUCUCUCUGUCUUGUUUGGUCAUGUGGAGUGUCUUCUGGUGUUACUGGACCACAAUGCUACAAUCAACUGUAGACCCAAUGGGAAAACCCCCCUUCAUGUGGCUUGUGAAAUGGCCAACUUGGAUUGUGUUAAAAUCCUCUGUGACCGUGGAGCAAAGCUGAAUUGCUACUCCUUAAGUGGACACACAGCUUUACACUUCUGUACAACUCCUAGCUCCAUUCUCUGUGCCAAGCAAUUGGUUUGGAGAGGGGCCAACGUGAACAUGAAGACGAACAACCAGGAUGAGGAGACGCCCUUGCACACAGCUGCCCACUUCGGCCUCCCUGAGCUGGUGGCCUUCUACGUGGAGCACGGUGCCAUCGUGGACAGUGUGAACGCCCACAUGGAGACCCCGCUGGCUAUCGCCACCUACUGGGCCCUCCGCUUUAAAGAGCAGGAGUACAGCAGGGACCACCACCUCAUCUGCCGCAUGCUGCUGGACUACAAAGCUGAGGUCAACGCCAGGGAUGACGACUUCAAAUCUCCCCUGCACAAGGCAGCCUGGAACUGUGACCACGUGCUCAUGCACAUGAUGCUGGAGGCUGGUGCGGAAGCCAAUCUCAUGGAUAUCAAUGGCUGUGCUGCCAUUCAGUAUGUGCUGAAGGUCACCUCUGUGCGCCCAGCUGCCCAGCCUGAGAUCUGCUACCAACUGCUGUUGAACCAUGGGGCUGCUCGAAUAUACCCUCCACAGUUCCACAAGGUGAUACAGGCCUGCCAUUCUUGUCCCAAAGCAAUCGAAGUUGUAGUCAAUGCCUAUGAACACAUCAGGUGGAACGUGAAGUGGAAAAGAGCCAUCCCAGAUGAUGACUUGGAGAGAUACUGGGAUUUUUACCACUCUCUCUUCACUGUGUGCAGUAACUCUCCGAGGACUCUCAUGCAUUUAUCAAGAUGCGCCAUUCGAAGAACGUUGCACAACAGAUGUCACAGAGCAAUUCCUUUGCUUUCCCUCCCAUUGUCAUUGAAAAAGUACUUGCUUUUAGAGCCAGAGGGAAUCAUUUAUUAAGCCUUAUGAGACAGAAGUUCCCAAUCCUAGAUAUUUAAGUGGACUCACCGGGUAGACACAGUUUGCAUAAAUAAAACGGUACUUGGGUUGAUUAUAACACUUCAGGGAUUUCAAAACACUUUACAAACUCCAUGUCAUUAAUCCUAGGGUAUCAUGGUGAGGGGAAAUAAACAAGAAGUAAAGUUAAGGAAUUCUCAAAGACAAGAAUGGAUCCAGAAGGUACCGACAGCAGUGAUAACUAGUGUGUAUAGUGUUUUUACUUGGUGCCUGAUACAUUUUUGUAAAACUUUUCAUAUAUCAUCUCAAUUGAAAUGGGACCCAGGUUUUCUUACAACCAAUCUCAUCCUCUCCCUUGUCAGUAAUAAGUUUACAUUACUGUCGAGUUAGCAAAAUCAUAGGCUUUUGUGACUGGCCUCUUAAUCUCGGUGUCUCCCCCCACCCUCCCUCCUGCCACCGUAACCACUUAGCAGAGAGUACUGUCACUAGUUUUGCAAACUCCGAUCCCCACUCUAAGCUCUUUAACUUAUUUCUUGGUGAAGAGAGCACAUGAGCAUAGUCAAAACAAGGAGAUUUUGAGUUAAAUUUGAAACGAAAAGCAAAAUCUACUUAAUAGUCAAAAAAAGGACAUUUCAACCCAUGCUUAUUGAGCCAGAGACUGGAGAAGAAAAGAUGAGUGUAAGGUGAGGACUCCUGCCCUCCAGAAUCUCACCGCUUAGCAGAGCAUCUGGACAUACGAGCAGGGAACUGCAGUGUCAAAUGUCAGGGGCAAGAGUACAGGUGCAGACUCAUUUUUAGCGCUUGUCUUUCAAAGUCGUGUUUCCGACCCGAAGUGUGGUUUUCCUUUGAAGCAUGAAUAUUAAGAGUGAAGGGACUGUGUGAUGUAAAGGGAGCUCCUGCUGCUGUUAGUGUGAAUGUAUUCACUUUCAGUUUCUCCCAACAUCUAGAAACUUUUUUUUUAUUUUAGUAGGACUUCCUGUUCAGUGCUCCCCUCGGGAAAAAUAUUGCACACUCAGUGGCUCCCCUGUAUGCCACAAGAAAGUUUAGUAAAAGGUGUACCAGAAAGUGUGUGAAGGGAAGAACUUAAGUUGGUUACUUGGCCUCAUUGUGUACUACCCUGACAUUUCAGAGCAUCUUAGCUGGAAGAUGAGGAACCCUUUGCUAGCAAUGGCUGGCUACAGAAAGCAAAUCGAGAGACUUUUUGAAAACGGUAAAAGUUUGAAAGACUUGGAAAGAGAAGUGUGCCAAUCAGGCUUGUUAGUUAGUGGUUUGCAGAAAGUGAAAUAUAGUUAUUAACCUCUGGACCUCAGGGUUUGUGAGGCCAAGUUCGCUUCACUUUUUUGUUCUUGCUAAUCACUUUCAGACAAGACCAUUGCCUCUUAGCACCAUUUUUUUAGAGGUUAGAGCAGAAGUAAUUAAGCACAAACAAAUCCAUUUGCCAGUUGUGGGCAGGUUUCUUUUAUUUGUGUGGUUCUUCAUCUUAU